AUGGAUGAGCCGACGACCCUCCCUGGAGAGUGGCCAGCUCUUCUCCAUGGUGGACAGAUAUUUACGGCCCUCCUGCUUAGCACCAGCUUCUCUGAGAAGUACCGUGGUCGCUUCAUGCAGGGGCUGAACAGCGCUGCAAACAUCGGCUUGGUUUACACCGAGCUUUCGCGGGCAGAACUCCACAUUCCACACAGGUCUGGGGAUGACACUUGGCACCUGUAUCUGCUGCACCGGGCAGGAAACCGUGAAGCUGUUGCUUUCAUUUGGGUCACCGGCGCUGCCAGCGGCGACCGCAGUAUCUACGUUUGCUUCUCACCCCUCCGAUACCGCACUCAGUUCGUGAAGAUCUGCUGUGCUGGCCUCGCAAAGAAUGGGAUGAGUGCGCGGCGUGCCUGUCACCAGACCACCGAUGCCUCCAUGGGAGAGAUGAUGCUGCCAGUGUCCGAGUACAUCAAAGUCAAGCUAGAUCGCUUGUGGGACCCAGAUGGUGACCAGAGGCUCUACCACAAGCUCCUGCAGACUGUGAAAGAGCUUCCCAGUCACCGAGUGAUAUUCUCCGGCAUCUCGCAUGGGGCGGCACUGGCACAAGCCGCAGCGCUGAAAUUCCAAAUACAGCGCCAGGAGACCGAAGUGUUUGUGGUCACCUGGAAUGCCUACAGGUGGACAGACUCCACCGGACGUGAGGCUGCAGAGCGCCAUUUGGGAACCCGAAUGCUGCACUUCGUCCUGUCCAGGCGCGAGACAGCACAGGCGAAUCGCUACUGGGACAGCGUCACUGGCUUUCCUCAAGAUUUCUCCCCGAUGCCGAACCAGGUGCUUUUGGACGCCGACACAGGCGGAUUCUACAAGCACCACGGCGAGAGCCGCUCGCAGCUGGGAGCCGCGCUGCUGAUGCGCACGUUCGAGCUCCAUUUCGCGAGGUCGGCCAUCAGCGCCACGAAGAAAGCCACAGCGCAGGCUGUCGGAUCGGAUGAUGCAUCUUCCGAAGACGAUGAGCAUUACCUGCUGAACAGGCGGUUGGAGCUUUUCCAAGACAGCCUGAUGAACAAGGCCAAGAAGGUGGCGAUGGCUUCGCACGCAGUGAAAAGAAAAACCUCACAGACUCAGUCAGACUUCCUUCUGGCUACGAAGAGGUGGCGAGGCUACUCUGCACAGACGUCGUCGGCCGCGACGAUCACGGUCGACCAGCCAGAGACCAAUCCAAGCGAACGGACCACUGAGCAAUUUCAGCGAGAUCUUGCAGUGUGGUGCAGUUUUUUCUGGUGCUGCGUUUGUGGCCUGGCCUGUUUCUGCCAAUGA